AUGCCGUCAUCCUACUCCCCCACCCCUUACCUGUACACAGGUUUGAGUCUGAUAAGUGAAGGAGAGGAUGAUGAGAUGGGAGAUGAUGACGAAGAGGAAGGAAAAACGACCAUGCUAGUUGAGGACAAGAAUAAAAAGUCCAAACCUGAGCUGCACGACAUUAGCCUGGUGCAGAGGAGAGACAGAGAAAGAAUUCCAGUCAGGUAUUGCACUCUUGGCACUAGAGAUGCUGCAAGGGAUCCUCACACUCUCGUAGAACUGUCUGCCUUUUCUGCGAUCAACCGCUUCCAGCCUUUUAAUGUAGCAGUGUCCAGCAAUGUUCUGCUGCUAAUGGAUUUUCACUGUCACCUGACCACAAGUGAGGUGGUGGGGUAUUUAGGGGGCCGAUGGGACACUAACACCCAGUUGCUUACAGUCUUGAGGGCGUUCCCUUGCCGUACGCGGCUGGCAGAUAAAGACGCUGCACCAGCAGUCGAAGAAGAGAUUUGCCAAAAUCUCUUCAUGCGGGGGCUGUCAUUGGUGGGAUGGUAUCACAGUCACCCACGAGGCCCCGCCCUUCCGUCUCUGCAGGACAUAGAUUCACAGAUGGAUCACCAGCUCCGCCUACAAGGCAGCAGUAAUGGCUUCCAGCCCUGUCUGGGGAUUAUCUGUGGACCCUAUUACCAUGGCAACCAAGGUGUGGCCUCCACCAUUACGCCAUUCUGGGUAGUUCCCCCUCCUGAGCAACGACCCAAUGAUUACGGCAUCCCAGUGGCGGUAGAGGUCACAUACGUGCAAGACAACUUCCUCACUACAGAUGUACUCAAUGAGAUGAUGCUGUUGGUGGAGUUUUAUCGGUCUGCUCCUGACCUUGUGCAGUUCAGUCAGAUGUGGAGUCCUAAUUCCUCAGUACUCGACAAAAUCAAGGCUUCUCUGAGUGGCCACGCACCCAAAGACCAGGCGUACGCACAGAUCCUGGAGCACGUGUACAACCAGCUGCGCAGCACUCAGUGACCGGAGCAGUUUACGUCUGCAUUUGUGUUACGCUGUAGAACUGUUGACUUGGGACCUCCCGCCCUGUGCAUUACCGUCUGUGCACUGUUAUACUGUAUAUGAAAUGCCUUCAUGGAGGAUAUAUCAUAUAUGCUUCCGUUCAAACUGUUGCCUUUAGGACUGUUAGGUCUGUAUCACUGGCUGUGGUUUAUACGAUUCUGCCAUAUCUGUGCUGUGAAACUUGUCUUCCUCUGUGGUAGAAACGUUUGGUGGGUAGUUAGGAAAGAGAAGAAGCUGGGUAAUUGAGUUCUCUCUCUCUCUCUCUCUCUCUCUCUCUCUCUCUCUUUAUCUGUUUGUGUGGUUAGAUUUGUGCCAUCAUCUGCCAUGUUGACUACGCAAUAUGGGAACAAUGCCUUUUACCUGCUGAAUACCUUAAAAUAUACACUGGAACAAAUUAAAUGUGCCGAUUCCGUUUGCUUCUGGCUUCUAACCUCAUAACAAUGUUUUUCUUACCAUACAAUUAAAGAAACAGUUCAUACUCACACAAGUGAAACAAAUGGAGUACUUUCUUGAAUUUAUUUACUUAAAGACGAGAUGACACAAUAAGAUACAAAUAUUUAGGGUUUGGGAUAUUUAAGAAUAACAAUAUAAUGCAGUUAAAUCUGAAGGAGGAGACUUUAAAACUACAACAUACAUCAGCCUGCUAUUAAGCUAACAUGCAAAAAACAUUAAUAAAAAAGGUUGAAUGGUUUUGUAUGCAUAUAUAAAAAAUAUAAUACUAAAAAGAGCAGUACCAGAAUGAUUUAUUUUCAUGUAAAUCAUUCUGGUAGCCACGUUCGAUUAGACAGAAAUAACCCAUUUGUUGUUUUCUUAAACUUGUACUGCUGCAAAGGCACAUCUGUACACAUGCUUGUACAUCUGGUCACAGCUAAUGUCAAAUACCAACAAGCCCUUCGUAAAUAAAGAAAAAGGCCAGACAGAAACUACAUAUUAGCUCGAAAAUCAUAAUUAAUAUUUUGUUUGGUGUUCUAGAUCCAUUCUUGCCAUCGAAAAGGCACUAAAACUCUUCUUUUCACAUUGAAACGGUGAUCGUAGCCUGUCUGCUUCAGCACAUCUACUACAGUCUGUUACGGUGAGCAAAACAAACCGUGGACAAAACAUGUAAACAGAUGCUGAGAGGAAAAGAACACAUAGGUGCUCUAUGCAGACAGGACUUGGGAGUCGGGGUGGAGGGUGUGUAGGUCCAUGCUUUUAUGGAGUGUGACAGAACAGUAUUUGAAAAAACAUCCUAAAAACUAGGGAACACCGAGUAAUGAAGAAACUAGAUCUCCAAUCACUUUUAAAGCUCUAAAAAUACAUUGCAAGUGAUGGGAGAGAGCAAGAGAUGUAGCACCAUCCCUUCAUUUCUGAAGAUGGGAAGAUUUUUUUUAAAUAUCAAAACAUUCUGUGUUAAUUAGAAUUUAAUAUGGGGCUUAUGAGCCAACAUCCACCCUAACCACGCCUACAUAUACACACCUGAAAUAACGGGACACUGCCAGCAGCAUCAGAUGUAGAGACUACCGUAAACUGACAUCAAGAGGAGAAAGAGAGAGGAAGACUAUUAUUCAGGCUGCCGGAAGAAGAACUAUUUGGCUGUGUUUCCUUCAGAAAACAGUGUGUAAAUGGUUUGUCUGCCACCCUUAGUGAGUUAGAAGUUGUAAGGGGGGCACAAAGUGUUUCAAAACGGUUGUAGUGCAGUAAAACCCUCUCUACCUGACUAAACACAUCCUUUAGGUGUUUUAGCUCACCUUUACGACAUAAUCCAAGGUGCAAUUCAGCGUCUAAUUUCUAAUAUCUUGUAAAAAUAUACAUGAAAAAAAUAUUAGAUGACAAAUAGCUAUAGAAAAAGGUUACAAUUAUGGAGCGUACAAAAGGACUAUUUCCUUUCUACAGGUCUGUGGCUCAGGAUUGCUGCACAUUGGGACAUUGCACGCACAGCCCCACUGCUCACGUGUUCGUCACAGAUACAAGGCAGUUUCUCCUUAAUCUAAGGAAGGUCAAUGUCGCAGCCUGACCAGCAGGGGCAGCAAGGGGACCAGUCGAGUAAAAUGCAACUUCUCACAAUCCAACAAUUGAGAAUUCGUACUGAUUAAGAAUAGCCUGUCUACUCUUUAAAAACAUGAUAAUUUCACCACAGGGAUAUCAUAGUGUGUAGUCAUUUCUUUUCAGUUAAUGCAGCACAAACAGUAUGAGACAUUAUUAAAAGACAUGGACAAUGAAGUGAGUUAGUGUGUCUGAAAUGUUAACUUAAGGACCAGGUUAUAAUAACGUCCAUACGUCAGUCAACCGGUCAGUCAGUCAGUCCUGGAAUGUGAAAGGUCAUCAUUUCCCAAAGUUCCCUCCUUCAAAAAAUAAAUCAAUGUGUAAAAGUGCCAGAGUACAGGCAUACAGUGGGUACGGAAAGUAUUCAGACCCCCUUA